GAAAAUGAAUUUCUUGUAGUUUAUUAAUUUAUUGCGACAGAUUAGAGAAUGUAAAUUAAGAAAUCAUUUUGUAAAUUAAAUUAUUUUGAUCAUUUGAAGCAGCAUAAAUUGGAAAAUUCCAACUUUCAUCGCAGUUCCAUUCUUGCUUGGCCAUGUGCUGACCUGAUAUGAUCACAAAAUCAAAACCAUCUUUCUCAUCUUUCGUCUUCUUACUUAACAGUUAACAUCAUCCCAAAAUUAAACUUGGCCAAACCUUCAUCAAAGUUUUAAUUAGUGUAGUUCAGUAAACCUGAAGACAAAAUCUGCCAAUAAGCAAUGAACAGCACGGCUACGAAUGGAGAUGCUGAUACGGAGGACACGUUGAAAAUUUUGAUCGCCACAGAUUGUCACCUGGGCUACAUGGAGAAGGACAGUUGUAGAGCCAAUGACUCGUUGAACACCUUUGAAGAAAUUUUAAAAAUUGCACAAAAAAAUGAUGUCGAUUUUAUUCUACUCGGUGGAGAUUUGUUUCAUGAGAAUAAGCCUUCUAGAAAAAGUUUACAUGGGGCCAUUAAAUUAUUCAGACAGUAUUGUCAUGGAGACAAACCAUGUUCUGUUGCGUUCCUCAGUGAUCCUUCCAUCAAUUUUGGACACACCCCUUUCCCCAUAGUCAAUUAUGAAGACCCUAACAUGAAUAUUUCCAUUCCAGUCUUUUCCAUUCAUGGAAACCAUGAUGACCCAGCCGGUCAAGACAACCUCUGCUCCUUAGACAUCUUACACUCUGCUGGCCUUGUAAAUUAUUUUGGUAAAGUCCUUGACCUAGAACAAAUUGAAGUCAGUCCCCUCCUACUAACCAAGGGUUCAACCAAAUUAGCCUUAUAUGGGUUAGGUGCCCUGAGAGAUGAGCGCCUUCAUCGAAUAUUUACUCAGAAAAAUUUUAAGAUGUUGAGGCCGAAGGAGGAGAAGGAGAAGUGGUUUAACUUGUUUGUUAUCCACCAGAAUAGAGCUAAACACGGUCCAAAAAGUUACAUUCCAGAGCAGUUCCUCGAUGAUUUCCUAGACCUCGUGAUGUGGGGACACGAACACGAGUGCAUAAUUGAACCGAGUUGGAAUGGUGUUCAGAAUUUUUACAUCACCCAGCCUGGUAGUUCUAUCGCUACAUCUCUUAGUGAUGGAGAAACAAAAGAAAAACAUGUUGGCUUACUCUUCAUCAAAGAAAAAAAUUUCAAAGUCAAGAAAAUUAAACUAAACACUGUUAGGCAGUUUUAUCUAGAAGAUAUUGUACUGAGUGAGACGAACAUCAAACCCAGGGACGUGCAAGCCGCAAAAAAAAUUGAAGAUUAUUGCUCGGAAGUUAUGGAAAGAUUGUUGGAAAGGGCUGAACAUGAGAGGGCUGGCAACAAAGCCACCCCAGACAAGCCGCUGAUUAGAUUGAGGGUCGACUACAGUAGCAACGACCCUGACUUCUCGUACGAGCUGUUCAGCACACACAGGUUUGGUCAGAGGUAUAUGGACAAAGUAGCCAAUCCAAAGGACAUCAUAUUUUUUCAAAGAAAAAAGAGUACAAGGGUAAAAGAAGAAGCAGCCACAGAUGUUUCAGUCGAUAUAGAGGUUAGAGCUGAAUCACUUGAUUGUACUCGUGUUGAAGAUAUGGUUAAGGAGUAUUUCUCAAGAGCUGAUAAAAGCAUGCAGCUGAGCCUGCUAACUGAGCAGGGGCUGGGUGAGGCUGUGAAAGAAUUUGUCUUGAAGGAGGAGCGAGACGCCAUAGAGGAGCUCAUCAAACAUCAAAUCAACAAGACUCGCAACUAUCUCAUGAAACGAAACCCGAACGACGAUGCCCUUGACGACGAAAUUCUCAGGUUCAAGGAAGAACGAAGGAAGGAUUCAACUGUGCAGGAUCAGGAGUUGAGAGAGGCUAUAGAACUUGCUAGGAGCAAGCGAACCGGUAAAAACCCAUUUGGAGAUGAUGACGACGACGUGAUGAAGGUCGAUGACGAUGCUGACGACGUCCAUGCAAGUUGCAAACCAAAACCAGCUAAAAAAUCCAAAAGUAGUUCCUUCGGAGAUGAGGACGAUGGCGAAAAAGGAAGAAAUGACGAUGACGAUUAUGAUAUGUCGUUCAGUGCAGCAAGCAAGCAAAUGGAUGAAAAACCGGCAAGAGGAAGAGGAUCGCGUGGUGGAAGAGGAUCGAGAGGUGGGAGGGGGUCCAGGGGUGGAAGGGGAGCCAGGGGUGGCACAAGAAAAGCUAAUGAUGAUAGUCCAUUAAAAGCCGAUAGAAGUGUUUCAAGUAAAAAGGCAAUAAAGAAUGAAUACGUGGAUGACGAUGACGAAGACACGUGCAUCUUCGACGUCGACGAUGAUGACGACAACUACAGCAACAGCAAACAGAAAAGUAAACCCGCCAACGCAAAGAGAACGACAAAACCCUCCGGCAAAAUAACAGACAUGUUCAACUCCAUGUCCAUGACAACGUCCUCAUCUCAGGGAAAAAGCGUCAAGCGGGGUGUCAAUUUUUUUGAUGAUGAGGACAACGACGAUGAUGAUCACGAUAAUUUCAAAAAUCGUUUUGAUAAAUAUAUGCAACCCAGUGCUAAGAAACAGAAAUAACUUUUGUGAUAGUUAUACGAUUUUGUAUUUAGAUUAUGUUUGCCUAACUUUACCUAAUGCGUUGUGACAACACACUUGAAUACAAUUUUUUAGCUUGAAUCAAACUGCUCCAGCGUUUGUGCCACUUGUAUAUUGUUUAAUAUUUUAGAAGCUUUUCUCAAUAUAUGUCUUCAAAA